UGCUGGAGAGUUGCAGUGGAAGUGUGGAACAGUUGACCGGGCUCCGUGGAACGUUGCUUCAGCAAUGCACCGUUCUUUCACGGGCAAACGCGUCGACGUCUAUUGACUUUAAGUUCUCCAGCAUUGCAGUGCACGUCACGUUGACAGAACAGAAAUCUAAAUCUAUAUUUCUUAAUCCACACAACAAAAUAUCAGGGCAGUUUUUUUCCAAGUAGCAUCGUUCUCGUCCUUGUAGGAACAAAAGUAAGGUCGUUAAAUUUGACAUCUUCAAGCAGUUUCUAUUUCCAUGAUCUUCCAUGUUGAUUGAUCAGGGCGUUCAUCCGUCAAACGCUGCAAUUAGACGAAGUCAAUCUCGUUUGCUUGACUCGACAAAUGAAGUCAUCCGCAAAGGAGUAAAUAUAUAAUGAAAUGAAAAAAGUUGGAGAUUUGAAGUGUGCCCAUGGAUUUCAAUAAUUAGCUUCUUGUUGCUCCGGAAGUUGAAGCAGAGCCAGAGGCGGAGAUGAAGUGUAGUUGGCAUCCGUGGGAGCGCGGCGUUGGCGUCUGUGCCUCCUGCCUCCGGGAGCGCCUCCUCGCCCUCACCACCGAGGUGCAGGUCGCGCCGUCGCCGGAGUUACCUUCGUCGAUGGAGUUCCCACGAUCUGUUUCCCCUUAUGCGUCCCGUGUGCCCGCCGGUCGUUCCCGGCGAUCAUAUUCCUCCAUUUUGUCCUCCUUUUUCGGCCGCCGUGGCUCCGGUGAGGACCGCAGUUGGCUUCCCGAUAUUCUACGUGGCCGACGGAAGAAGAAGAAGAAGAAGCUCACAGCGGCGACUUCGGACGCGAAGGGGAAAGGGCGCGAAGUCGAAUCGCCGGCGAGCGGCGGAGGCAGCGGCUUCGGCCUGCCGGAGGGAGACGCCCGGUACGAUGUUGCGUCGGCCAUGCCGUCGUGUCGGCUGACGCCGCUUCCGAUGAGAGCUGCAACCGCGAAGCACCGCCACCAGAGUGUCGGAGGCGAGCUCUCCGGGUAUGGCGCGUGCUGCAGCCCGUUGGUGACCGCCGGCGCCUCCCGGCAGCGGUCCUGGGCGGCGGAGGUUGGGACUGCCAACGGCGUGCCUAGGUUGGCGCACCACCGGCGCCACGAGUCCGCCGAAGGGCCUUUGCUCCGCUCGGACCUUUCUCGGAAGUUGUCCGAUUUGGUCAAGUUCAGGUGACCGGUGAACGAGACGACCUUUUGCCGUUUUGCAGUCAUUUUCUUUUAUAAAUAAAAUGAGACUUUAGCAUGCUCA